AUGUGGAAACAUGCAAAUGUACUACCAGUACCUAAAGAAUCUAUCUUAAACUCUCUUAAUCAACUAAGACCAAUCUCUUUAACAGAUAUUAUAAUGAGAUUAUUUGAAAGAAAUGUGUUCAAAACUGAGAUAGCACAUGUUACAAGACACGCUAUUGAUUCAGAUCAGUUUGCAUACAAGGAAGGUCACAAUUCGAUUAUGGCUCUGAUCAAGUGCCAACACACAUGGUUAAGAUGGUUAGAAGGAGAUGCAAAAUAUGUCAGAGUAUUAUCUUUUCACUUUCGCAAAGCAUUCGAUAGCGUUCCACACGAUAUUUUAUGUGAGAAGCUUAAGAAGCUCCCCAUCAACCCAUAUGUUACUAAUUGGCUGAUUAGUUUUUUGGAGGAUAGGAAACAGAGG